AUUCAAACCGUGUUUUCUUUCCAGUGUAACACCGCAUUCAUCAGACACGCCAUGUCUGACAACAGCCCGAACAAACCACACAAAGACUCAGGGGAAAGUCCUAAUUGAAAUGACGUAAACCCAUGUUACAACAUGUCAUGUGGAAUCAGCUCUUACACUGCAGACCUGCUGAGGGGCAACAGUGGUGGGAUAUGCGUGACUCGGGAUAUCAUAGUCUAUCUGCACAUCUUAAAACUCCCUUACGACAUCUAGAAUAACCAGCCAACAUGAAUGCCAGAAGGACAGUCAAAAACAUCUUUACGAUGGCUAGGGGACCUCCCAAAGCACCGCUGAGUAAAAGGGUGAAAAUUUUAGCUGCUGUGGGCGCCGCGGCAACGAUAGUUGGUUGGGGGAUGCUUCUGACCAGCAUGGCGCUGCCGGAUUGGAUGUCGUACGACUACCCUACAAACAACACCAGAACAGUCGUCAGUCUGUGGAUGGAGUGCGUCACAACCACCACACAAAACGGCACCACCGCGACUUGCUUAGGAUAUAUGUUAUCAUUGGAUGGUCCGGGGUGGCCGUGGACCCUGACUCGGUGCAGCAUGCUGCACGCGUUCCUGUUCGCCAUUGGCGGCCUGGUCUCCUUCAUAAGUUUCCUACCAGAAAGGUCUCUCACCAUCCUGGCUGCCGGAGCCGUCUGUAACUUAGUGGCAGCUGGGCUGACUCUCAUGUCCAUGAUCGUGUUCACGGUCGCCAUUCUCGUUCCCACGAUGACGUCGGUUACGGCGACUGGGCACGAGAACGCCGCUGCCGGGAUCGGCUUUUACUUCGGCUGGGUCUGCACCAUUCCUAACGUCGUCGGCGGGAUACUCGGCAUCAAGACCGCAACAGAACACACCAAGAUCGUCAAGGACAAGGCUAUGAAACAACUGAAGCUGUUUAUGCAGUCCCAGGUACAGGAGAAAGAAGAUUCGUCGGUCGGUGAGGAGAAAGAUGAAAAGCCGAAACUAUCGCCGUGGGGAAAGGUUGCUCUGACCAAGAUGAAUGGGAAUAAAAACGGGAUCGGCCUUCCGAACAAAAACUUUCUCGCCCCGAUUGUGGAUAGGGGCAUGGCUCCGAUUGAUUAGAUCAUCAAUCAAAUGCAAAGUAAAUAAGCCUCAUUAUAUGUAUAUAUAAAAGUGUAUAUAACGUUACAUAGACGUAUUGACAAAUGACUUGAACAUACGAGUAUGCAUGUUGUGUAAACAUGUGGCAAAUAGCCUAUGACGUCCUCCGUCUCUGUUCAUGUUUCAAAGAGAAAAAUAGAAUAUAGAAAAGUAACAAAUCGGUUCAAAUCAUAGAUAGGCUUGAUGUAGUGAGAAUGGCGAUGGAAUUCGUAGUUCGUGGGUCAAAGUCAAUUUAAAAAGCUAAUCUGAAGUGCAUGCUUUUGUCAUUUUUGUAAAUAUGAAUUUUUGUCGAUAUAUUUUUCCAUAAACAUCAAACUGAUGAAGCCGUGA